AUGAUUUUCUUGGACAAUAUAUUUAAAUUUGUUAAUUUAGUUUUUAAAACAAUUUUUGAGCUUUUUCAAGUUUUGUUAAGGAGGUUUUGGUCGUUUAUGUCCAUAUCUCCUUCCAAUAUACUGGACCAAUAUGAAAAUAAAUAUGGUUCAAUUCAUCCUAAAAUAUUCAUAGGAUCAUUUGAAGAAGUUAAAAAAUUAUCUUUACAAACAGGCAAAUUAAUUGUUUUAUACAUACACUCUGAAAACUAUGAUAAAAUAUGCAAAGAAAUGUUUACAAACCAAUUAAUAAUGGAAAUAAUAGACUCAAAUUUUAUUCUCUAUAUCGAGUUGUUUAAAGGGCCUCGAAUGAGGAAGUUGAUGGAGAUAACAAAUACACUGUUAUUACCACACAUUUCAGUACUAGCGUUCCAUAACAUGAGUAGAUAUACAAUGGUCAAUAGACUAGACGGAAAUUUUGAUGUAGAUGCACUGAUUUCAAUGCUAUUAUCGAGCGUAGAUUAUAAACCAGUGAGUCCAGUGGAAAGUUCAAGAAGAGUAAUAGAAGAACAAAACGAAGAGUACAGAAGAGCAGUGGAAAUAGAUUCAAUAAAAUUUAAAGAAAAGGAAAUAAGGCGACAAGACGAAGUUAGAAGAAGAAAAACACUGGAAACAAAGCAAAAUCAGAAGAGAGAAAAGAAACAGAAAAUAUUGAACGAUAGAAAAGAAAUGGCAAACAAGUAUAAGAUGGUAAACAGAACAGGAGAUGUUAAAAUAAGAGUGAAGCUGCCAAACGGCAACUCGAUAGAAACUCUGUUUAACAGAGACGACACAGUACAACAAAUAUACGAUUGGGUCGAGGUAUCGGACUUUUUGGGAGAAGAGAACGAGUCGGCGGCCCCGGCGGGCGCGAACUCGGAGCACAAGUACAAAAUACCGUACAACUUCAACCUGUACAUACCGCACCCGUCAAAGCUGCUAUCGGACAAGGAGUUGACGCUAGGAGAGGCUAAUUUGGCCCCAAGUUCCCUGCUGAUGUUGACGUCGCUGGACGACACGUCGGACGAGGAGUUUUAG